GAUUGAUUUGAGAAUGGUGGUUCUGUGGUUUGAAUGCCAUCUUAAUUUUGAUGCCUCUAGCUUGUGUUUGAUGCUGAGAUUGCAUACAGGCUUCAUCAGUGUGUGUGGGAUCACAUGGUGGAAGUGAUCUGGAUUUUGUGAAGGAAUACAAGAUUUUAUAAAGAGGAGCAACCUCCAUUGAAUAAUGUUGAUGAAAAGAUUACACAAUCCAAUCACUUGGUCCACAAUGAUCAACUCUGUAAAGCUGGUGUCUAUUGCACUAAAUCAUCAUAUUCUCCUCAUGAAAAGCUGCCAAGCCCUUUGCCUCAACCUGCGUCCAGCACGUUUGUCGAGACCCAUGGAUCCCUGAUCUCCGAACCUCCAGCAAAUAUACAGGUAUGAUCUCCUAAUAAGUAGGACUAUAUAGGAGUACACACAUUAUUUCACUACUCCCCCCAUGUUAUUCUUAGAUCCUAGACACAUUUGUCCAGCAAUGUUUAACCAAGAAUAGUGUGAGAUAUUUAUGUUUAUGUCCUGAAAUUGUUUUGCAAUGAAAUGUCUAUGGCAUGGAGUCCUAGUUAUUCACGUUGGUCCGACUUAAGUUUAUGUCCUGAAAUUGUUUUGCCAUGAAAUGUCUAUGGCAUGGAGUCCUAGUUAUUCACGUUGGUGACUUCAAGUAUAAAAGUGUAUUUAUUAUUACAUACUAAUACUAUACUAAUGCUACUACUAGUAUACCGCCGCUUCUACCUCAAUUUUUACUACUACGACUACGACACUACUAUGUCCCAAUAGUCAGUGUUGGGACACUAACUAGGGUUAGAUAUGUAAAUUUUUCCUGAAUUUGUUUUGACAUGAAAUUUCAAUAGCAUUAAGUCCUAGUUAUUAACAUUUGUUUGACUACUACUAAAACUAAACUACUACUAUACUCCUGCUGCUACUUCUAACAUAGUAUAACUGUUACUACUUAAAAUUACUAUACUAUUGAAAUUGCUACUGCAGCUAAAUGAAUGUUUGAGUGUGUAUGUAACAUUAUUUCCGAAACUUUUUUCGACAUUACAUGGAUUACAAGGAUUGUGUAAGAUAUGUAGGUUUAUGUCCUGGAAUUGUUUUGACAUGAAAUGUAUAUGGCAUAGAGUCCUAGGUUUUCACAUUAGUCAAACUACUACUACUGCUAAUACUAGGACUACUACUACUAAAACACUGCUACUACUUCACUACUAUGUCCCAAUUUUGGCACAGCCAAGCAUUGUCUGAGAUUGAUAUCAGUAUGUUUAAAUCCUGAAAUUGUUUUGAAAUGAAAUGUCUAUAGCAGGAGAGUCCUAGUUGGUCUGAUUUCUACCACUUUUACUAAUACCAUAUUAAUACUGCAACUACUACUAAUGCUACUACCACUACUGCUACUACUAAUACUACAACUGCCACUACUAUACCAUUGCUAACGCCACUGCUGCUGCUACUAUACUACUGCUGAUUUACUACCGCUACCUCUCCUGCCUCUGAGUCCUAGUUAUUCACGUUGGUCUGACCUCUGCUAGUUUUACUACUGCUACUACUAUUGCAUCUGCUAAUAUACUACUGUUUUCUUCCUUAGGUGUCAGGUGACCUGGAUAUCUCGGAUGACUAUAGUGACAAUAGUGACUAUAGUGACAAAGACUACAUCCCAGAUGCAGAUGAUGACUCUUCAGAUAGCUCUCAUUGCUAAGAGUUGAACGUUAUUAAUCCUGUGGGCCAUAAAAGAGCAAGAAUUGCAUCACACAAUCCAAAGGCCAAUAUAUCAGCAAGCUUGAGCUGUGCUUCUUCAGAACCCAUUGAUAGUUGUAGCCCACCAGAGAAAAGCUUACCUUCUGUCACACCAAUGCCAAAAGGGUCACCAACAAGAGCAAAGUAUGGAAGAUACAACAAAAAGCAAUUCUGUCUUUACUGUAAGAAGCCUAAAUCUAAACUAACAAGACACCUUGAGCAUGUCCAUUCCAGGGAGCCUGAUGUGGCAAAAGCAUUUAGCUUUGACAAAAAAUCGCACAAAAGAAGGGUGCUUUUACGCAUUCUGACAAGUAAAGGAAACUUUUUACAUAAUGCAAAUGUGUCAAGCACAGGGACAGGAGAGAUGGUGGCACGACGGCGGCCCAUCAAAGCAAAAACAGCUGAUGAUUACAAGCACUGCAUUCAUUGUCAAGGCAUGUAUGCAAGAGAGACAUUGUGGAGACACAUGAGAUACUGUCCUUUGAAACCUGAAACUAAAGAACCACAAACUGGGAAAAAGAGGGUUCAGUCACUCCCUUAUUUGUCCCUACCACCACCGGAGGAUGUAAGUCAAGCUGUAUGGAAAAUUGCCUGUGAGAUGAAUAAUGAUGAGGUUGCAUCCGUAGUCAGAGGGGAAAGAUACAUUUGACUUCUUGGACAGCAGAUGUACAACAAAAGCACAACAACUUCUGGAAGAAAAGAAAACAUACGUCAAAAGAUGAGAGAAUUAGCCAGACUAGUCAUCACUGCGAGAUCUGUGACACCCUUGAAGAACUUACGAGACUUCAUCAUGCCUUGCAACUUCCGUUAUGUAAUAAAUGCAGUGAGAUCUGUGGCUGGAUACAAUGAGGAGAGCAACUUAUUCGGAAUUGGGUCAUUGGCAGUUAAACUUGGACAUAGCUUAAAGAAGAUUGCGAACAUCAUACAAUGCAGUGCACUCAUGGUAGGUAAUGCCGAGGUUGCAGAGUCUGCUCGCAACUUCUCAACAAUUUAUGACAAACAAUGGAAUGAGUGCAUUUCAUCUGGGGCACUGAAUACUCUUGCUCAAGCUAAAUGGAACAAGCCUCAAGUCUUGCCUUUCACAGAAGACGUCAAGAAGCUCCACUCCUUCCUUGCCGCCAAACAGAAAAAUGCAAUGAGUGCCCUGCAGGUUGAGCCAAAUUCCAGGAACUUUGCCAUUCUUUCGAAAGUGACAUUGACCCAGGUCAUUCUGUUUAACAGGAGAAGGGAGGGUGAGGUUUCAAAAAUGAUGAUGAAAUUAUAUGUUUCUAGGGAUCACACACAGAUGCAUAAAGACAUUGCUUUGGGACUCAGUGCCUAUGAAAAGAAGCUUUGUGACUACUUUCAAAGGGUGGAAAUACGUGGGAAAAGAGGGCGAAAGGUCCCCGUUCUGUUUGCCCCUCAUAUAGUUUCUGCCAUAGACAUCCUCAUUGAGGAAAGGGCAAAAUGUGGAGUACCCAUGGAAAAUGAGUACCUGUUUGCUCGUCCAGCUGCUCUCACACAUUAUCGAGGUGCAGACUGUUUUCGUGAGUAUGCAAGGGCCUGUGGUGCAGAAAACCCAGGUACCCUCUCUUCUACCAAACUACGCAAGCAAGUUGCCACCUUAUCUACCAUGCUCAAUAUGAAAGAAAAUGAAUUGGAUCAACUCGCCAGCUUUCUUGGGCACGACAUUCGAAUUCAUCGGGAGUUCUACCGUCUCCCAGAGAGCACUCUUCAAUUGGCCAAAGUCAGUAAAAUCCUCAUUGCCAUGGAAAAGGGAAGACUGCCAGAGCUGCAAGGGAAAGGACUAGAUGACAUAAUCAUAAACCCACAAGGUAAUUUUGGGGGGAAAUAUGCCUGAUUCUCAUUACUAGUUUACCUUACUUUAAAAUGAUACUAUACAUAAAGUCAUAUCAAGCCUAAAACUUUGUGUAAGUGUCACUUAACAAAGCGGCCUGUGCUUUGUCAAAUUAGAUGAGACAUGUCCAGUGGUGUUUCCAGCGAUGAGGAGGGGUUUUCUGGCCUACAUCAGACCCAGAACAAAAUGAAUCAAGGAUCCUCUUCAAUGCCGCAUUCCAAGGAUGACAACCUGAUUGAUUCUUCCAGUGAUGAGAUGGAGUUUGCUGACCUGCGUGCGAUGCACAGUGAGAGGACUCAAGGUGUAGGGCGGAAACGUGAGUUGGGGAGCAAGUCUAGGUGUAAACCCCAAGAGCUGGUAUUCUGCCUAGUAAAUGUUGAGAGGCCCGGUCUUACAUAGUGUUACUUGAACUAUAGAGAUAAUAUAUUUUG